CUGGCGUGCGGGGGCGGCUGCGGCGCUUGCGCCCAACCUUCCGGGUUUUUCGCCCCCGCCGGCAGAAGGGAGGCCAUAGCCCGCGGCCAAUCAGGCGGUGCCUUGCCGGAGAGACGCGCCAAUGGGAGUGCAGCGGGGGAUGGAUCGGAGCAAUGAUUGGCUGUGGCGUCCCUUAAAAAGCGGCGCGGGGCGGGGUGUGGGGGGGGGUCAGUGCGGGACGUGGCGGUGGAGUGGAGGUGGGAGGGAGCGGCGCCAUGACCCGCGGGAACCAGCGCGAACUGGCGCGGCAGAAGAACCUGAAGAAGCAGAGCGACUCGGGCAAGGGCAAGCGGCGGGACGACGGGCUCUCGGCUGCCGCCCGCAAGCAGAGGUGAGCGCCGGGCCGGCCCUGCCGGCUUCCCCCGCCCCGCUCCUUGCUCCCGCCCCGCGGCGGUGCCGGCCCCGCCGCCAGCCCCGCCGCGCUCUCCGCAGGGACUCGGAGAUCAUGCAGCAGAAGCAGAAGAAGGCCGACGAGAAGAAGGAAGGCAACAAGUAGCGGGUGGCCGCGCCGGGUUGCCGCCCCAGGGCCGGUCCCGCCGGCAGGAUGCCCCGCGCUGCCCCAGGCCGGGUUCCGCCGGGACCCCCGGCAUCGUCCCGCGCCCUGCGGCGCCGUCCCCUAUUAAAGUAGCUGUGGAUCCCUGCACGCUGCGUCUGCUCGUCCG